AUGGUCGAGAGCUCUGAUGAUUAUAACAGUUCCGUCGAAAACAUCAAGCGAGUGUUGGCAGACUUUUUCAAGCAAGAGUUACCUGGGAUCGUCAAGUCAAUAUUGGUUGAGAAUUGGGAAAUGAAAGAAGCUGUAAGAGAUGAGAGGCGGAAUAUCAAGCGUCGUAUAAGGUCACAAAAAGAAAAAUGGGAAUCAGAGCAAAGGAAACUACAGGAAAAUAGGAAACAAGAUUUUAAAAAACCAAAUGAAAUAUUUUAUGAUGGAGAGUUUGACAUCAUUGAUGAUGAAGACUUGGAAUGGGACAAGCAUAGAACCAUGUGGAAUUAUAAUGCACUCAAAACCAAUGGGCAGUAUCCAUUAACUAUUUAUAAAGAUUCUUGGCCAUUUCAUGCCGAACAAGGGAAUAUUGGAGACUGUUGGUUGAUUGCACCACUAAUGACGAUUGCAAGAAGACAAAAGUUGUUGGAAUGGAUUUUACCACCUAAUGAUUAUUCUUUGAAACACGGAAUUUUUCUUGUCAGAUUAUUCUUUCAUGGAGAAUGGAAUAUGGUAGUUGUGGAUGGUCACCUACCCUGCAAUGAGUUAGGCGAUAUUGAAUUUGCAAAAAUGUUCUAUACUGAGUUAUGGGGAUGCAUUAUCGAGAAAGCAGUGGCAAAGAUGUUGGGAGGGUACCACAAACUAGAUGGAGGAAGCCCGAUAUCAGCAUUUAAAUGUCUGACAGGUUCUAGUAGUAUGAUAAUCAAGUUGAGCAAGAAGACGGAUUUGGAUUUGUUAUGGAAGAAACUGAAAGAGUUUCAAUGUCACGGAUUCCUUAUGACUGUCGAUUCUGAACAUGAAUUCGAAAAUGAGAAACAGAAAACAGGUCUCGAAAGUAACCAUGCCUACUCAAUUCUUGAUACUAAAAUUCACGAGGGUCAUCGGUUGAUUCUGAUUGGAUGUCCGAAUGGUCUCAAGUGGAAAGGAAAAUGGUCGGAACUUGACGUUUAUGAGACGACAAAAAACUGGAGCGAUUGGAGAAAAAAUGCGGUAAAACGUCGGUUAUCCUGGAUGGAAAUUGAUGAUUUUUGUCAGUGGUAUGAUGCGUUGACUGUCUGUAAAUAUAGGGAAGAUUGGUAUGAAAAGGGAACGGAUUGGUUUAAAGAAAAGGAUUCAAGAAUUCUUUGUUUCAAUGUCAAAACUCGUUGCGAGAUCACCAUAGAAAUUGUUUGCCAACACAAUGAGAAUUUGUUCAAUGGUUUAUUUGAGCAUCACUUUGGUCUCAUCAAUAUUCAUAAAGCCACUAGAGAUAACCGAAUUGGAGAAUUAUUGUUUUCGCAUGCUGUUGGUUACAAAUGGUCAGAAAAGAAUACUAAUGUCGCAUUCGCCGAAACCGAACCAUUCAAUUUUGAGCCUGGUUCCUACCUCGCCAUUUUUACAUUUGCGGAGGACACUCGUUAUAUUGCACAUAAAUGGAUUUUCAGAAGCGCCCAUCGAAUGGAAAACAUCUCCUAUGACUAUGUCACAAUUUCACAAUCUUCUAACCAUUCACUUUUGAGGAUGGUGGAAAAACUUGGAACCACUGAAGCAGAGAUACGGAAAGGAUUGAUUUUUCGAGAAUAUAGAACAUCCUCGUUUUUAGUUGUAAUGGCUGAAAAUCAGACGGAAAAGUCGAUUGACGUUCAUUUAAAAGUGAGAGAUAAGGGUUACACAAUCAGAAAUCGUAAAUGGUUCCGAUUCAUCGCCGUGGCUUCUUUACUAGUGGCUAUAUUCACGGCUACCGCGGUUAUACUGUUUGCGGUUUAUGCAGCAAAGUACAAAAGAUUUGAUAAUUCUUAUUCCUCAUUUGGUGACGGUGGACACGAGAGACCCGUAUGGACAGUGAUGGAUGCAUUGGCGUUGACGGAGAAGGCCGGAUCCAAAAUUACCUCUCGUGAUCCCGCCAGCUAUCCUAUUGUGAUGUGUUUCAUUGUGAAGGUACCAAGAUCUCUCGUGAUCUACAUACAUCGACCAUCCGUGGAGAUCCUUCCCGAGCAUUGCAUUCCGAUUUAUUGCUGGCUGAGCCACGCCUACUACAAUAUCCGCGUUACCAUCGUGACGAUCUACCGUGACCUCCCAGUAGUGGACUCCUUUCGAGAACCCGAUAGACCCAAGUAUCGUCCGAUACUCCAAAGUGCUUCCAUUCAACGUGGCACACUCAUUGGAUAG